ACUCCACCCACGUUCUCUCUUUUCAAACAGUUCAAAACAAGCUGCCACUCGUCGACAGCCCAUCCGUUCUUUUAUCAUCCUCGACUUUCUACCGACCACCCCGAAUUCCUAAUCAUUCGCCUCGCCGACAUGUUUUUUCACCUCCUCCCUUUAUUGUUCGGUUUCACCGCCCCUGUUCUGGCUCAGACUCAGGCUCAAAUUCAGGCCUGUGGCAACUCCGUUCAAAUCGUGGGAUUCGAUUUGAAUCCAACCUACAGCACAACGGACACCACAGGAUAUUCAGUCACGUACUCGUAUUCACCUUCCGCCUGCACCAACCCUCAAGUUCCGGUCAACAGCAUCUACCUCACAGAUCUUGAUGCAGGUCUCCUUUACAAUUGCCCUAUCGUCCAAUUCAGUUCCUCGGGCAGUCUCACUAGUACUUGCUCGAAGACCAAAGGCCAGCUUGCCCAGGCCGCUGAAGAUGGCGAUCCAGACUGGGGCAUAACAAUUCGGUUUGGUGUCAAACCCACUCUGUAUAAUAUCGAAAAUGACUUCACCGUGAACCCUGUAGAUGGACCGACCCCUAGUGGAUCGAGUCGACGCCGACGUGCUCUGGAGCACAACCUGAAGAACGGUCUGCCCCGCGCCGCACCAUCACCUCUGCUCGCUCGGCAGAUGUGCAGUGCCGGUCACUCUCACUGUCGCGCCUAUUCCAGAGGGGGUUUUGAAUGUGUCAACACGGCCAGCGAUGUCACUGCUUGCGGCGCUUGCCCCAUGUCAGCCGAAGCAGUUGAUUGCACUUCAAUCGACGGUGUGAACGAAGUCCAAUGUCGUAGUAGUAAAUGUCUCGUACUGUCUUGUGAUCGUUAUCAUACUGUCAGCUCUGAUGGUAGAUCUUGUGUGCCCAAUGGCAAGGCCAGACGCAGUGCCUAUCUAUGAGAGAAUAUCGAGUACAAUCAGAUGUUGGAGCACGUAUGUUGAUUUUGGAAAUUUAUGGCUAGCGAGACCUUCAAUUAGACCUACAUUAACUUUUCGUUAAUUCACAAUCUUUAUAAAACGAGUCCCUGAUGCAUCUCUUGAUCUAAU